AUGGUGGGCACCAGGGCCGAUGCGGCUACCAGCUUUCUGAGAGCAGCAAGAUCGGGUAACUUGGACAAAGCUUUGGAUCACCUGCGGAAUGGCGUAGACAUUAACACCUGUAACCAGAAUGGGCUGAACGGCUUGCACCUGGCCUCUAAAGAAGGCCAUGUGAAGAUGGUGGUUGAACUUCUGCACAAAGAAAUCAUUCUAGAAACGACAACCAAGAAAGGGAACACAGCUCUGCACAUCGCCGCCCUCGCAGGUCAGGAUGAGGUGGUCCGGGAGCUGGUCAACUAUGGCGCCAAUGUCAACGCCCAGUCGCAGAAAGGCUUUACACCCUUGUACAUGGCAGCACAAGAGAAUCACUUGGAAGUGGUUAAGUUUUUACUGGAAAAUGGAGCUAAUCAGAAUGUAGCCACAGAAGACGGCUUCACUCCUCUAGCUGUGGCUCUGCAGCAGGGCCAUGAGAACGUGGUGGCACACCUCAUCAACUAUGGGACAAAGGGCAAGGUGCGCCUCCCUGCCCUGCACAUCGCAGCCCGUAAUGAUGACACCCGGACAGCUGCGGUGCUUCUGCAGAAUGACCCCAACCCGGACGUGCUUUCCAAGACGGGAUUCACCCCCCUCCACAUCGCAGCUCACUACGAGAACCUCAACGUGGCCCAGCUACUCCUCAACAGGGGCGCCAGUGUCAACUUCACGCCACAGAACGGCAUCACGCCACUGCACAUCGCCUCCCGCAGGGGGAACGUGAUCAUGGUGCGGCUCCUGCUAGACCGCGGGGCCCAGAUAGAAACAAGGACCAAGGAUGAAUUGACACCUCUCCACUGUGCAGCUCGGAAUGGGCACGUGCGAAUCUCAGAGAUCCUGCUGGACCACGGGGCACCCAUCCAAGCUAAAACCAAGAAUGGCCUGUCUCCAAUUCACAUGGCGGCUCAGGGAGACCACCUUGACUGUGUCCGACUUCUGUUGCAAUACAACGCAGAGAUAGACGACAUCACCCUGGACCACCUGACCCCGCUCCACGUGGCAGCCCACUGCGGCCAUCACAGAGUAGCCAAGGUCCUUUUGGAUAAAGGAGCCAAACCAAAUUCCAGAGCCCUGAAUGGCUUUACCCCCUUGCAUAUCGCCUGCAAGAAGAACCACAUCCGUGUCAUGGAGCUGCUGCUGAAGACGGGAGCUUCCAUUGAUGCUGUCACCGAGUCUGGCUUGACACCUCUCCACGUGGCCUCCUUCAUGGGGCACCUGCCCAUCGUGAAGAACCUCUUGCAGCGGGGGGCAUCACCCAACGUCUCCAACGUGAAAGUGGAGACCCCACUGCACAUGGCAGCCAGAGCCGGGCACACGGAAGUGGCCAAAUAUUUGCUCCAGAACAAAGCCAAAGUCAAUGCCAAGGCCAAGGAUGACCAGACCCCACUUCACUGUGCAGCUCGCAUUGGCCACACAAACAUGGUGAAGCUCCUGCUGGAAAAUAACGCCAAUCCCAACCUGGCCACGACCGCUGGGCACACCCCCCUGCACAUUGCAGCCCGAGAGGGCCAUGUGGAGACGGUCCUGACCCUCCUGGAAAAGGAAGCGUCCCAGGCAUGCAUGACCAAGAAAGGAUUUACCCCUCUCCAUGUGGCUGCCAAGUAUGGGAAGGUUAGGGUGGCCGAGGUGCUGCUGGAACGGGACGCACAUCCAAAUGCUGCUGGAAAAAAUGGCUUGACCCCUCUGCACGUGGCCGUCCAUCACAACCACCUGGACAUCGUCAGGCUGCUGCUUCCCCGGGGCGGCUCCCCACACAGCCCCGCUUGGAAUGGCUACACCCCUCUGCACAUUGCUGCCAAGCAGAACCAGAUUGAGGUGGCCCGCAGCCUGCUGCAGUACGGGGGGUCAGCAAAUGCAGAGUCGGUGCAAGGUGUGACACCCCUUCACCUGGCCGCCCAAGAGGGUCACGCAGAGAUGGUGGCUCUGCUACUUUCGAAACAAGCCAAUGGCAAUCUGGGGAACAAGAGCGGACUCACCCCCCUCCAUCUGGUAGCACAAGAAGGCCACGUUCCAGUGGCAGAUGUGCUGAUCAAACACGGUGUCAUGGUGGAUGCCACCACCCGGAUGGGUUAUACCCCACUCCACGUGGCCAGUCAUUAUGGAAAUAUCAAGCUGGUAAAGUUUCUACUACAGCACCAGGCAGACGUCAAUGCCAAGACGAAGCAAGGAUACAGUCCCUUGCACCAGGCGGCCCAACAGGGACAUACAGACAUCGUGACACUGCUUCUCAAAAAUGGUGCUUCCCCAAACGAGGUCAGCUCGAAUGGAACCACACCUCUGGCAAUAGCCAAGCGCUUAGGCUACAUCUCUGUAACAGACGUGCUCAAGGUUGUCACGGAUGAAACCAGUUUUGUGUUAGCCAGUGACAAGCACCGGUUGAGUUUCCCUGAGACGGUAGAUGAGAUCCUGGAUGUCUCUGAAGAUGAAGGGGAAGAACUCGUCUCCAAGGCUGAGAAACAGGAUUCCAGGGAUAUCGAUGAAGAGAAGGAGCUGCUGGAUUUUGUGCCGAAGCUAGACCAAGUGGUGGAAUCUCCAGCCAUCCCGAGGAUCCCAUGUGUCACACCUGAGACAGUGGUGAUUAGAUCUGAGGAGCCAGAACAGGCGUCUAAGGAGUAUGAUGAAGACUCACUCAUCCCCAGCAGCCCGGCCACAGAGACCUCAGACAACAUCAGCCCGGUGGCCAGCCCUGUCCACACAGGGUUUUUGGUGAGCUUCAUGGUGGAUGCCCGGGGAGGCUCCAUGAGGGGGAGCCGUCACAAUGGCCUGAGGGUGGUGAUCCCGCCCCGGACAUGUGCCGCCCCUACUCGUAUCACCUGCCGCCUGGUCAAGCCCCAGAAGCUGAGCACGCCGCCCCCACUGGCCGAGGAGGAGGGCCUUGCCAGCAGGAUCAUCGCGCUGGGACCCGCCGGGGCCCAGUUCUUAAGCCCUGUGAUCGUGGAGAUCCCCCACUUUGCCUCCCAAGGCCGUGGGGACCGUGAACUCGUGGUGCUGCGCAGUGAAAACGGCUCCGUGUGGAAGGAACACAAGAGCCGCUAUGGAGAAAGCUACCUGGAUCAGAUCCUCAACGGGAUGGACGAAGAGCUGGGGAGUCUGGAGGAGCUGGAGAAGAAGAGGGUCUGCCGCAUCAUCACCACCGACUUCCCCUUGUACUUCGUGAUCAUGUCACGGCUCUGCCAGGACUACGACACCAUCGGCCCUGAAGGGGGCUUUCUGAAGAGCAAGCUGGUCCCCCUGGUGCAGGCAACGUUCCCAGAAAACGCUGUCACCAAGAGAGUGAAGCUGGCUCUGCAGGCCCAGCCUGUACCAGAUGAGCUUGUCACCAAACUCCUGGGCAACCAGGCCACGUUCAGCCCCAUCGUCACUGUGGAGCCACGCCGCCGGAAGUUCUAUCGCCCCAUUGGCCUUCGGAUCCCACUCCCUCCUUCCUGGACGGACAACCCGAGGGACAGCGGGGAGGGGGACACCACCAGUCUGCGCCUACUCUGCAGUGUCACUGGAGGAACAGACCAAGCCCAGUGGGAAGACAUAACGGGGACGACCAAGCUCGUGUAUGCCAACGAGUGUGCCGCCUUCACCACCAACGUCUCUGCCAGGUUUUGGCUGUCAGACUGUCCUCGCACUGCUGAAGCUGUGAACUUCGCCACCCUGCUGUACAAGGAGCUCACUGCGGUGCCCUACAUGGCCAAGUUCGUCAUUUUUGCCAAGAUGAAUGACCCCCGGGAAGGGCGUCUGCGCUGCUACUGCAUGACAGACGAUAAAGUGGACAAGACCCUGGAGCAGCAUGAGAACUUCAUUGAGGUGGCUCGGAGCAGGGACAUAGAGGUUUUGGAAGGAAUGCCCCUUUUCGCGGAACUCUUUGGGAACCUGGUGCCCGUCAAAAAAGCUGCCCAGCAACGGAGUUUCCUCUUCCAGUCGUUUCGGGAGAACCGUUUGGCCAUACCUGUAAAGGUGAGGGACAGCAGUCGAGAACCAGCAGGGUCCUUGUCAUUUCUGCGCAAGGCGAUGAAGUAUGAGGACACCCAGCACAUUCUCUGUCACCUGAACAUCACCAUGCCCCCCUGUACCAAGGUGAGCUCUGAUGACAGGAAGAGGACGUUGACUCCCCUGGCCCUGAGAUACAGCAUUCUCAGCGAAUCGUCACUGGGUUUUCUCAGUGGGACCGACCGAGCAGAUAUGAAGAUGGCUAUUAUAUCAGAGCACCUUGGCCUCAGCUGGGCGGAGCUGGCUCGGGAGCUUCAGUUCAGCGUGGAAGACAUCAACAGGAUCCGUGUGGAAAACCCCAACUCCUUGCUGGAGCAGAGUGCAGCCUUGUUGAAUCUCUGGGUCACCCGCGAAGGCAAAAACGCAAAGAUGGAUAAUCUGUAUGCAGCCCUGCGCAACAUUGACCGGAGUGAGAUCGUGAACAUGCUGGAGGGCUCGGGCAGACAGAGCCGCAAUCUGAAACCCGACCGGAGACACAGGGACCGGGACUACUCUUCGUCACCCUCCCAGAUGAAUGGUUACUCCUCGCUGCAGGACGAGCUGCUGUCCCCUGCCUCCCUGCAGUACGCACUUCCCUCUCCGCUGCGUGCAGACCAGUACUGGAACGAGGUGGCCGUCAUAGAUGCCAUCCCAUUGGCGGCCACGGAGCAUGACACCAUGCUGGAGAUGUCUGACAUGCAGGUGUGGUCCGCGGGCCUCACACCCUCCCUGGUCACUGCUGAGGACUCCUCUCUGGAGUGCAGCAAGGCCGAGGACUCUGACGCCACCGGCCAUGAGUGGAAGCUGGAAGGGGUGCUCUCCGAGGGACCCCAGGGCCCCAUGCUGGGCUCUCUGGACCUUGUGGAGGAUGACACAGUGGAUUCAGAUGCCACAAAUGGCCUUAUCGAUUUGCUUGACCAGGAAGAAGGUCAGAGGUCAGAAGAGAAGCUGCCAGGUCAUAAGAGUCAGGAGGACUCCACAGGUGUAGGUCAAGACUCAGAGAAUGAAGUGUCUCUUGUUUCAGGCCAGCAGAGGGUGCAAGCCCACAUCACAGAAUCCCCCAGCGUGAGUCGGGUGAUGGAGACCAGCCAGGACAGAUUGCAGGACUGGGAGGAAGAAGGCUCCAUUGUCUCAUACCUACAAGAUGCUGCACAAAGUUCCUGGCAAGAGGAGGUCGUACGUGGCCCACACUCAUUCCAGAGUACGGUCACCACCAUCAAAGAGCUGGAGCCCAGUGGGUCUCAGGAGUAUGAGAAGGUCCUGCUGUCUGCAACUGAGCACAUUUGGGAGGAGCAACCAGAGGCUGAGAGCCUGCAGGCCGACAGGGAACGGAGACGACAAAGCCACCAGGAGUGGGUGCAGGAGGCUCGGAGCACUUUCUCCCAGAUGGCAGAGGUGAGACGCCCACAGAGGCACCUGCUGAUGCCUGCCAGCACUGGAGGGGCCUGA